UAGCAUUCCACUGUGGGGCACUAGAGAGAGCUUCUCUUCGAUCCGUUCAACGCUUCGGAUUCAGGCCACUGGAUCGCAGUCAUUCAUGCGUGCUCUUGGGAAGCUGAAACAACGCUGCGCGUUACGGAUAGGUGCGACACACUGCUUUUAGCAAAGUGACCUGCGCAGUUUUGUCCUUCUUUUACCUUCAGUUUGAAAGGACUGUCAUGUACAGCCACAGAAAGGAAAAUAGUUCGCCCUUCAUCUGAAUGCACAAAAACAACAACGUUAAGGGAAUGAACCGCGAGCCGUUUGGACAGGUGCAUCCCAGAUCACCACCAUCAUCAGAAAAGAUUUCUUACUGACUCACUGUGAAGAUGGAUUACCAGCAGCUGUAUUUCCUGGAACUUUUCAUGCAAACUCUGUUUCCAAACAGACCGUGAAGAUCUCUCUAAAGUGAACUGACCAUGCAUUGGGACAUGAUGGUUUAUCUAUUCUUCUAACUAUGGAUAACUAACCUGCCUUUACAUCCAGACUGCCAAACAUGAAACAUCUCAGGAGACCUCAGUUUGUGAUGGUGAUACUAAAGUGCACAGUGAUCUUAUUUCCUGCAUCCCUGCAGGGUUUUACUGAGUCCAGAUGUGAUGGCCGUGCUUGCAGCCCACCUAUAGGUAACUUGGUCAGUGGCAGGACCCUUUUCACGCUGACUAGCUGCAGCACUAAUAGCUCUUCCUGCCUGCCAACCCAGCCACACUGUCUAGCAGAGCUCCAUCCUCCUGCCCUCAUGGCCGAUGACCCGUUUAUUCAUCCAGAUACUUGGUGGGGCUCAGCAGCGGCCACUGGAGAACAGGAAGAAAUCCGUCUUGACUUGGAGACACGAUUCUGCAUGAGUCACGUUGUGAUGCUGUUCCGUUCCCCACGUCCUGCUGCUAUGAGAUUGGAACGCUCCCAGGACUUUGGCCAGACCUGGGAGACACUAAAGCUGUUUGCCAGGAACUGCACUGAGAUGUUCGGGCUUCCUGAUGAUGUAAGUCAACCAGGAUCUCUCUGCACUUCCAGAUAUUCCAGUGCGGUCCCCUGCAGCCGAGGAGAGAUCAUAUUCCGGUCCUUAGGAUUAGGAAGUGGGAUUGUUGAUCCCUACAGUCCUGAGGCACUGUCCCGUCUGACAGUGACUAACCUACGAAUACAGCUAUUAAAAUCUCAACAGUGUCCCAUCUCGAAAGAACAGUGGAGUGUCCUGGAGCAGUCAAACCUGCCUCCAACACCAAGUUCUGAUGCUCAGGAUUCAACCCCAUUUGCUGUGUACUCUCUUCUGGCUAAAGGGACGUGUUUGUGUCAUGGCCACGCUGAACAUUGCCUUCCUGAAAAUGAAGGACAAGACAGCCUGCAACCCAGUAAAGUGGUGUCUGGCAAGUGUGCGUGUACCCACCACACAGCUGGCGAGCACUGCGAGAGGUGUGCCCCGCUCUACAACAACCAGCCCUGGAGAUCGGCCAACGGAAGCAGCGGGGAGAGCAACCCAUGCCAGAAGUGUGAAUGUCACGGACACGCAGAGAGCUGCCACUUCUCCCAGCGUGUGUGGCUGUUGACAGGAGGCAGUAGCGGGGGCGUCUGUGACAACUGCCUGCAUAACACUGUGGGCGGCCGGUGCCAGCGCUGUCGCCCCGGAUACCACCGCCACCCUGCCAGACCCCUCAACUCCCCGCAUGCUUGCAUACGAUGCUGGUGUGACCCGGUUGGUUCGGUGAUAGUACAUUCUGGUGACGGGACACCAUGGUGCCAUCCGAGAAGUGGACAGUGCCACUGUAAAGCUGGUGUGGGCGGCAGCACCUGCAGCCACUGUCUAGCAGGGUACUGGGGUUUUGGAGAGGAGGGCUGCAAAUCUUGUGUGUGCCCUUUGACCUGUGAUCCCAUGACAGGUCAUUGCCUAGACAGCAAAGGUAGUGUCAAGCUUUACAAUGUACCAAUUGGGGGGGAAAUUCCUGAACUGUCCCACUUUAAACCUCAAGAGGACGAGAGGGUGUGGCUUAGAGAACUGGCCGUCUCUGCAUUGUACUAUACAGGGAAGUGCAGCUGUAAGGAAAAGAAGCUGAAAAGUGUGUCAGAUCUUUGCAAGAUAAAACAGGCAUAUGUGAUCAAAGCCAGUGUGCUGUCAGCUCAUGAUAAAGGCACACACGCAGUUGUCCUGGUGAAAGUAAGGAAGGUGUUUCGUUCGGGAAAACUGCCCCUCUCCCAGGGAACACACAGUCUCUACCCGCUCUCCUGGACCAGCCGUGGCUGCACCUGUCCCAUCCUCAACCCAGGAGGUAACUAUCUACUAGCAGGUCCUGAAGAUGUUGAUGCAGGACGGCUACUGGUCUCUAUGCAAAGUCUAGUAGUCCUCUGGACCCCCAUCCUGGGCUUUCAGGUCACAGAAGCACUGCAUCAGGGCUGCCUUUGAGCACGACUUUACCCACAUGUACAGUAGCACAACAAGCCCUUACUGGAAGUGAUGCCACUGUACCAAAGCAGGCAGCUGGAUCCUAAAUGGACCAGGACCACCGGAUACAACUGAAAUGGAAUGUGCAUAAUUACCAGAAACAAGAUUCAUAAAGUUGUUGCAUGGCAACUUUCACAUAACAGUCACUUAGAAUAACUGAAAUUUCCAUACAGCACAACGUUGGUCAUCUUGGUGGCUGUUGACGUGUGGAGAGGACACAACAUGGUUAUGGCUUUAAUAAGACUGAUCAAAACGGUUUCUGUACUGCUUCCUCUGUAGUUUUUAGAUUAUCGUCAUCAAAAAUUAGUUACUUGAAGAAAUGAAUGGACAUUAUAAACUCAAGCCAGUGAAUCCAAAGGACUGCAGGACAUUUUUGUGAUUCAUUCAUACCUUUGUAUUUUAUUUGCUUUUUUCUUACUACAUUCCAGUCAAAUGUUUUUAAAAAUGCAUUUGUGUCACACAACUGUAAAAAUGAAAAACAAAAGGUACAGACUGACUGAUUCAAAUU